AUGGUCAGCCAAUAUAUUGGAAAAGAUCAGAAAACCUGGGACGAAAAACUAAAAGCGAUCCAAUUCGCAUACAAUACGGCCGUACACGACGCCACAAGGUACACGCCAGCAUUUCUGAACUACGGCCGCGAAUUAAAUUCACCGGUGGACGACAACCCGUCAGACAAACAAGCACUCGCUCCAGAAACAAUCCAGAGACAGCUACAAGAAGCAAACGAGCUGGUAAAAAUCAACCUCGCACGAGCCUUUGAAAAGCAAAAGCAUUUCUACGACCUAAGAAGAAGAACCUGGAGGCCGCAGGUAGGAGACUGGGUAUGGAGGAAAGGUCAUCAUCUCUCGAAUAAAGCGUGUAGCUUCAAUGCAAAGCUGGCGCCGAAAUACGACGGCCCAUUCGAAAUACGUCGGGUAAUCUCGCCGGUAAUCGUGGAUCUCCGGAGCAAGCGAGGAAAGUGGUUGCGGCAUAUACACGUUCAAGAUUUAAAAUCAGCGAAAAACGACACUGAGAUCAAAGAUGACAACAAUAACAACAACAGUAACGAGAGCGAGGACGAGAGCGAAUAA